AGGGAGGGAGCGAGAGAGGGUGAUAGAGGCAGAGAGAGAGGGAGGGAGAGAGAGGGAGGGAGAUGGAGAGCAGGUCUGAGAAGCAGGGAGAAAGGGAGGGGGUAUGCAUACGGAGGAUGACAGUGAUGGAGUGAGCAAGAGAGAGAGAGAGAGAGCGGGAGUGAGCGCACAGGCGAACAAGCAGCACAGCUAACGGGAGCGAUAGGUAGCAGCAGCAGCUGCAGCAGCGGCACGAGAAAGACACCGACAGAGAAGAGAAGAGAAGAGAGAAAAAAGGAGAGACACACAGCCGAGAGGUUGAGGGAGAGGGCGAGAGGGAGAGGAAGGAGGGAGCAGCAGACCAGAGAAAGAAAGAGGAGAGGAGAAGAGAGGAGACGCGGAGAGGAGAGGAGAGAGAGAGGGCAGCGCCGUGCGGAGAGCCAGGCAUCUCAUCUCGUCUCUUCUCAUCUGUAGGCUGCAGACGUGGCCACAGGCAAUACGGCGACUCUCCAGCUGUAACCAGCACCCAGGUCUGCUGCGCUAACUAUCCCUUACGCUAGCUCUGCCUCUGCCCCAGCACUCGCACGUGUGUGUGUGCGCGCGCGUGUGUGUGUGUGUGUGCGAGAGGAGGAGCUCGCUGAGGUGUCGAUGAGGGGACGUGGAGUAUGACAUUGACUGUUGGAGCGCCUCUUUUCCCUCAGGGCUUGCCUGUCAGUGUGUGUGUGUGUGUGUGUGUGUGUGUGUGAGUGCAACCCUUAGAUGGAGAGGAAGAGACGGCAGUGACACUGCGUGUGUGUGAGUGAGUAGCGUGAGAGUGUGAGAGCAAGGGUGUGUGAGCUGUGUGAUCUCUGUGUGUGAGCUGUGUGUGUGUGCGGAGGUGAGAAGAGGAGGGGUCAGCCGCGUACAGAGUUCUAUGUGUGUGUGUGUGUGUGUAUGUGUGUGAAGGUGUGUGUGCUGGAGGUAGGGCUAGGGAAGGUAGAGACUGAGCACAAUGCAAGGACAUCACACCAAUGAGAGGCAGGGCUGCUGAGGAGAGAGGGGAAGAAGCCUGGAGUCUGGGCGGAGGUCAGUGAACGAAAGAGAGAGAGAGAGAGAGGGAAGAAGAGGGAGAGAGAGACGGACGGAGAGGAAGAGGGAGGACGAGUGCAGAAGGAAGAUGCACAGUCAAGCCGCCGGGCCCAGACAUCUGUAGUUUCAUCAGGGACUGCAGAGGCACGGGAGCGGCACAGGAGCAAGAACAUACGUUUGACCACACACACACACACACACACACACACACACACACACACACACACACGCGCGCGCGUCUGACGACACAGUCCAGAAGCUGCUUCUUACCUCACGUCACCUCAUCACUUUUCCUCCGCGCCGGUCCGUCAUCAGCAGACCCCUCCUUCGCCCCACGCGCCUCUCCCCUCGAGUGGACUCGUCCGGCUGAUGGACAGGACUUCUUUAGAGGACCCUUCCUCUUCCUCGCUGGACCGCUCCUCUUCAUCAUCACCCUCCAGCCUCUGGACUGGACUUGCGCACGCCGCCCCACCACCUCAGAGGAUUGUUCUUUAGUGCCGGAGCCUUCGUCGUCACCAGAGUCUUCCUCAGUUGUCUCAGCAGGGAGGUCUGGCUGACUAAACAAACAAACACACACACACACACACACACACACACACACGCUCACACCCUGCGGCUUUUCACAUCUCUCUGUUGGACAGAGAACACACACACUAACACACACACACACACACACACACACACACGCACACACCUCCUCAGGAGUGGAGGUCGUUGUGCAGAGGUCAUCACCAGGCUCAUCUGAGAGCUCCUGAGAGGACUGAGAGAAAGCCCAGGAAGAGAGAGAGACAGAGACAGGAGGAGAGAGAAGAGGAGAGGAGAGGAGAGGAGAGGAGAGGAGAGGAGAGGAAGGACAGAAGGGGUUCCUUUGAAGAACAAAGAUCCCAUCUCUGUGUUCAGUCAGUCACACAAACAGAACCCCAGUUCUGUGUUCCGUCUCUGGAAGAAACAGCACCGCUCCGUGUUACGUCAGGGGGAAUAGAACUUCAGCUCCGGUUUCCCCCAUCUCCCUGUGCCUCAUGGGGAGUGUUCCCCAGCUGUGAGGAGUGAACUGUACACACACACACACACACACACACACACACACACACACACACACAGCCUGUGUGGAGAAGAGCCGGUUUCUCUGUGGAGUGAAGCCCAACUCUCGUCACCAUGGGAGAGUGGACGAUUCUGGAGAGGCUGCUGGAGGCCGCGGUCCAGCAGCACUCUACUAUGAUCGGCAGAAUCCUGCUGACAGUGGUGGUCAUCUUCCGUAUCCUGAUCGUAGGCAUAGUGGGGGAGAAGGUGUAUGAGGACGAGCAGAUGAUGUUCAUAUGUAACACGCUGCAGCCCGGCUGCAACCAGGCCUGCUACGACAAGGCCUUCCCCAUCUCGCACAUCCGCUACUGGGUCUUCCAGAUCAUUCUGGUGUGCACGCCCAGCCUGUGCUUCAUCACCUACUCGGUGCACCAGGCGGCCAAGCAGCGCGACCGCGCCUACACCCACCUCCACGGGCCGUACAUCGACCACGGGCACGCGCCAGGCCGCAGCAAGCUGCAGCGCAUUAACGGCAUCCUGGUGCACUCGGGCGAGAAGGACGACCACGAGGAGGGCAAGGACCUGCCCAACGCGCCGCGCGGCAUGGGGGGGGGCGGCGCCGGCAAGGGCGGCAUCAAGGUGCGGCGGCUGGAGGGCGUGUCGCGCUUCUACGUCAUCCAGGUGGUGUUCCGGAACGUUCUGGAGAUCGGCUUCCUGGCGGGCCAGUACUUCCUGUACGGCUUCAACGUGCCGGCCAUGUUCGAGUGCGACCGCUACCCGUGCGUGAAGGAGGUGGAGUGCUACGUGUCGCGCCCGACGGAGAAGACGGUCUUCCUGGUGUUCAUGUUCGCCGUGAGCGGCAUCUGCGUGGUGCUCAACCUGGCCGAGCUCAACCACCUGGGCUGGCGCAAGGUCAAGACGGCCAUCAGGGGAGCGCAGGCCCGCCGCAAGUCCAUCUGCGAGAUACGCAAGAAGGACAUGUCGCACAUGUCGCAGGUGCCCAACCUGGGCCGAACGCAGUCCAGCGAGUCUGCCUAUGUCUGACCCCCCCGGGGGUUAAAGGUCAGAGAUCAAGGUCAAAGUCCCUGACCCCUGAGUAGUAGCAUAGCCGAAAUCAUUUGAUACCACGAGGAUAGGACUCGUUAUGACAAAAAGUGACAAAAAUACUAGAAUUUCUUCUGUUUUCAUACUUUAUUCAGAGGGACCGCCAUAUUCUACUUUAAUAUUGUGGGGGUGCAUAUUCGCACCUCUCAGUGCUCUCCCAAUCCCUUCAUCUACCAAACCACCUCAAGAAUUUUCAUUUGAGUGGGAGGCAGUUAUGAAAAAAACUUUUCUGGACAGUCAAAAAUACACAGACACAGACACACACGCACACACACACACACACACACACACACACACACAAACACGCACGCACACAGAAAGACAGACACAGUGUGCCUGAGAACUGCUUACACACACUGCGCCUGAGAACUCUGCAGGCUCUGUUGCAGAGGCGGAGGGAGAAAUGUCUCCGGCACACUGCUGCUGCUGCUGGAGUGUGGGUGGGUGGACCUCCCUCCAUUUGAUCUUAAUCAGUAUGGGCACUCUGACUGACUCCUAUCAGUGCAGCCUCCAGAGGAGCGGGGACAGGAGAGGGAGAGGAGGAGAAGAGAGGCCGUUUCGCCUCUCUGGAGACAGAGAGAAGAAAAGGGCCUCCGGACUCCUUCAGAGACUGCGGAGGAGGAGAGGAGGAGAAGGAGGAGGAGGAGGAGGAGGACGAGCAAAGCUGAAGUCACCUCAUGGCCUCCCACACAGACUCACACCUCACUAAGCCCCAUGGGACUGUGGACGUCUUCCAGCAGUGCGUCAGAGCGAGCAAGAGAGAGAGAGAGAGAGAGAGACGUUCGAUAGUGGAUUGGUCGAUGACUGGAGGAAACUCCUUAUAAGAGCCUAUCCUGCAUGAUG